CACAUAAAAAAGUGAAACACAGCCACAAUAUAUUAGUGCAUCAUUAGAGCUUAGUAUAGUCUAGAGAGCAUAAUUUUCAAAAAGCUGGAGAAAAAUGUACAUAUUUACUAUUUGUGCACGUGAUAGCUAGUAAGACUCACAGCUAGCGCUUGGCAUGUGCAGAUACCCAAAGUGCAAGUGAAACCUCAGUAACUACCUAUGCAUUUUUGCUAAUAGCUUUGCAAAUUAGACCCACUGCAUUUUAAAAUAAUGUCACACCAUCUGCAGAGGCCCCAGCGAGGGGAAUAGUUAUAAGGGCCAACAGCUGUCAUGCUUCAAGGCAUUACCUGAGCACCUGAAUUCUCCUUGGCAACGAUACAGUAUCAGAUGUUAAGUACAUUAUGGCCAAUAGGGUUUUGCACCUCCUAUGGUUAGCGACAGGAUACCAGAUUAGAUGGGCUAUUGGUCCAUUCUUGCCUGCUGGCAUUUAUGUCCUACAAGCUUGAGCAUCCCUCUGUAGUGGCAAGCACAGGGUGCUGUGUACAGGCUUCAGACUUGCUUCUCUGCAUCUCUCUCAAGCAUGGCAAUCCAAACAACUCAGCCAGCUUUCCUUGCUCACACAACUGAACCAUCUCCCUGCUGUGGGUGCUUGAGCCAGUUUAAUCUCAGGAUGGACUGGACCAGCAUUUGCCAUAUUUCUUAAUCUCUUCUUUACAGCAGACCCGCAACAGAAAGGCUGCAAUUGCAGUCCAGGCAGUUCUGAUGUGCCCAUCAUUUUAGCAUCAAGGCUCUGUUAUAACUAGCAUUCAGUGAAUUCUGUCUGACCUGGGAGCCAAACUCUCCAGCUUCCCUUUCUUAUAGCCAGUGAUCACUGCCAAGCAGGAGAGCAUUACUGGACCUUUCUAUUACUCCAUUAUGGUGGGGAACCAGUGAGAGAAAAAUCCUGUGAAGUGCCAUACAUGAGGGAAGAUUUAGACCCACUCUGGUCUCUGAGGGAGGCAAUGGCUUUCCACUGACAAUGUUCUCCAUGUUCCUCUGGCUCAAUGGAUCUCUCUGCCAUAAGGGUAAAAGCUUAUCUGUGCAGGAGACAGAACUUUCUCAGGAGCUGGUCCAAGACUAUGAAAUUAACUCCCUCAGGAACUAAGAUCCAUAACAAGUCACACCACCUUGCACUCCAACUGCAAGGUGUAUUUCUUUCACCUGCCUUCUCUAACAAAUGUAUAGCAACAUGUAUAGUUAUUUAAAAAAAAAAACUGCUAAAGCAAGACACCAAUGCAUACAUUUCUCCCUGUGGAGAGAGGAUGAGAGACCAAACAACAUAUGGCAGACAUUAAUCAUGUUGCUUAAUGCACAAUUGGAGGGCACUCAGAUACUAUGCUGAUGAGCAUGGUACAAGAACAUAUAUAGUACUGUUUAGUGAUGCUCCCUACCAGCUAGUCAGGAUGGAGAAGCUGUCUCCAAUGUUCUUUGGGUCUCACCCUAACCCACCAUCCCUCAAAACGCUCAUAUUGACAAGGGACAGUAAGAGGACAUUCAAAUGGCUGCUAAUGGUCUGCAGCAGCUUCCAGAGUCUGCUCUCCCACAACAAAGGUGAGUAACUUUCUCCCUAAACAGCAGCCAAUUAACAUCUUCCAUGUAGUUCAAGCCAGAACAGUUGGAUGCAGCUCAGAAGAGAUGGCACCAUAUGCGGUGCACUGUGCAAAAGGGGAUCUGGGUUAAACGAUAAAUCUCUGCCCUAGCACAUACCUAGUCUAGUGCAAACUGAUGGCAGGAGGGAGGUGAUGCAAUGCUCCAAUGUGAGGCUGGUGAGAGAAAUCAGACAGUGGCAUAGGCUGAAAUCAGACUGUGACCUUCACUGGUUUAGCACUUGGAUGUGAAAGAGCCUGCUGGGUUUAAUGAUUCACUCCAGUAUCUAUCACAGAGCUGAUACAAUGGCUGCAAUCAGGCUUCUCCUCUCACUCCUUGCUGGCCUAUGUGCUUAUUAUUUCUACAGCCAGGAAACCCUAUCUGCAGGUAAGCAAAGCAGGACGGGCUCCCAGGGAAUUCACACCCCAGGCACAGAAGAGGGCUAGGGCUGACUCCCUGUUACAGAUCAGAUCCUUCACUGAUUGCCAAAAAAUGAGUUGAAAUCAGGACGGAGGUUAGUCCCCUUUUGUGGCACUCUCACAGCUCAAUGCAAAGGGAAACGAUGACUCCCAUUUGCUGACUACUGACAGCAUCCAAAGCAAUUGAAAAAUCCUUUCUAAAACUAAGCUAGAUCUAUGACAAUGAUCUAUUUAAGAGGCAUAUAAAAAGUUGGAGCUGAAAAACAAGAGGUGAACAAAGAGAAGGGCAAGUGUAAAAGGGGGUAAUGAAGCAGGGUGCGUGUGGCUCAGUCUCCACUGUAAGGGGAACCACUCCAAUGAGUUUAGCAAAUGCAAAAUGGUGACAGGAAAUGAGCCCCAACGAUGCCCUAAGAGAAGCCAGAUACUUCACUACAGACGUGUUAUCACAAUGGAAGCCUUGUGGCUGCAGCAGAAGAUUUCCUCCAGGUGGUGACAAAGGAGAAACGCUGGUUCUGAGUAGCAAGGAAAGACCAGGACUUGGGAGAAACUUGUUUCAGAGGCUGGGGAACCCAAAUAUCAGGAAAGGGAGAAAAUACCUCUUUUUAAAAGGAGCCACUGAGAGAACCAACUUUCUGGUGCUUGCCAUGAGCUCCCUCUGGGGACUGGGAACUAUCACAGGAGCGAUGUGUUUGGGGAACAUGCUUUCUGUAAUAGCAGAAAUGGUGCAAGGGAAGCGUGUGCUGGUCACUGGUUCGAGCACUGGGAUUGGGGAACAAAUAGCCUAUGAGUUUGCACGAAUGGGAGCGCACCUGCUCCUCACUGCCAGGAGGGAGAAGCAGCUCAAGGAGGUGGCACAGAAGUGUCUGGAACUGGGAGCGAGUUCUGCCAGGCAUGUGGUGUCCGACAUGAACAACUUGACUUCAGCCCAGAAUGUCAUUGAAGAAGCCAGAAACAAACUGAGGGGUCUCGACUACCUGGUUUUGAACCAUGUUGGGGGGAGUGGCCGGUUUGGGCCAUUCCAAGGAGACAUGGCAGCAGUGACCAGCUCCAUGACUGUCAACUUCUUGAGCUACGUCCAGCUGACAGUUUCUGCAAUGACCAUGCUGCAGGAGUCUCAGGGCAGCAUCAUUGUCAUCUCAUCCCUGAGUGGUCGGAUAGGAGCCCCAUUCACCCUCUCAUACAGUGCAGCCAAGUUUGCUCUGGAAGGAUUCUACAGCUCGUUACGCAGGGAGCUGCGGCUUCGGGAGAUCAGUCUCUCAGUCACAGUUGCUGUGCUGGGAUAUAUUGACACAGACAAUGCUUUGAAAAUCAUCGGUGAUAAAAUCACCAUGCAGGCAAAUCCCAAAGAGGAGUGUGCACGGGAAGUGGUGCGGGCUGGUGUGCUGCGACAUCGAGAGGUCAUAUAUCCUUACUGGAGCCUAAAGCCUCUGCUGCUGCUAAAGGAAUGGAUGCCAGGCCUGAUGGAAAGAAUGCUGGACAAAUUCCUCAUCCUGGAAAAUAUCCUCUGAGCCUCAGGGCAGUUCAGUUUCACAUUGAAGCACAAUAAAAGGAAAACCUUGCUCAAGCAGAGGGGGCAACUGAGA